UUCCAAUUCCAACAUUUUUAUUAUUAUAAAAUUAAAUAUUAUAUCGUCAUAGACGCCGACGACCAACCAAACCAAGCAGCUCAUAUUGUCUGUCUACUCUCUCUCUCUCUCUCUCUCCGAUACACCUUCAGCUUUUCAUAGAUCGUGCUUUUGUGUCUCUGAAGAACCCACUCCUCUACUUGAUUCUGCUUCUUCUUCUUUAUUUGCCUGUUCAAAUAUUCUUUGAAUCAGAAUUUUGGAAUUGUGAAACGGAGAUUAUGUCGGGUGGUACGCAGAAGAGUUUGAGAAAAGCACUUGGUGCUCUCAAGGACACCACAACUGUCUCAUUGGCUAAAGUCAACAGUGAUUACAAGGAGUUGGACAUUGCUAUAGUUAGAGCCACAAAUCACGUCGAACGCCCAGCUAAGGAAAAACACAUGCGAGCUAUAUUUUCUGCAAUCUCAGCUACGAGACCUAGGGCUGAUGUUGCCUAUUGCAUCCAUGCUCUCGCCAGACGAUUAUCAAAGACACAUAACUGGGCUGUUGCAUUGAAAACUUUAAUUGUCAUUCACCGAGCUCUGAGGGAGGUGGACCCCACAUUUCAUGAAGAACUCAUUAAUUAUGGGAGAAGUAGAAGUCAUAUGCUCAACAUGUCUCAUUUUAAAGACGACUCCAGUCCAAAUGCAUGGGAUUAUUCUGCAUGGGUCCGCACUUAUGCAUUAUUUUUGGAGGAAAGGCUGGAGUGUUUUCGUGUGUUGAAGUAUGACAUUGAGGCAGAUCGUCCUAGGACCAAAGAUUUGGAUACUGCAGAAUUGCUAGAGCAGUUGCCAGCUUUACAACAACUUCUCUAUCGAGUUAUUGGUUGCCAGCCACAAGGGGCAGCUGUGAAUAAUUUUGUGAUUCAGUUAGCACUCUCAUUGGUUGCUUCGGAAAGCAUUAAAAUUUAUCAAGCAAUUAGUGAUGGAACUGUUAAUAUGGUUGAUAAGUUUUUUGAGAUGCAACGCCAAGAUGCUGUGAAAGCUCUUGACAUAUACAGAAGGGUUGGGCUGCAGGCUGAGAGACUGUCAGAGUUUUAUGAAAUCUGCCGUAAUCUUGAUACUGGACGUGGAGAGAAGUUUAUUAAAGUUGAGCAGCCCCCAAUAUCGUUUAUGCAAACCAUGGAAGAGUAUGUCAAAGAUGCUCCCCAGGGAGCAAUAGUUCGCAAGGAUCAGGCCCUUGACAACAAAAUUGCUUCUCCAAAAGAAGUUUUGGCUAUUGAAUACAAUAAAGAACCAGAAAUGCAGGAGGAACGUGCACUAUCGCCCCCUCCACAUUCUGAACCUGUGAAAGUGGAAACACCACCAGUACAACCACCACCUGAUCUGUUGAAUUUGGAGGAUCCUGUUCCAGCUGCUGCAGAGUUGGAAGAGAAGAAUGCCUUGGCUUUGGCCAUCGUUCCCAUUGCUGAUCAACAACCUGCUGCUGUUCCAAAUCAAGCAAAUGGAACCACGGGGUGGGAACUGGCACUUGUUACUGCUCCUAGUUCGAAUGAGAGUGCUGCAGCAGCUAGCAAAUUGGCUGGAGGUUUGGACAUGCUUACACUAGACAGCCUAUAUGACGAUGCACUCAGAAGAAACAACCAAAACGUUAGCUACAAUCCAUGGGAGCAAGCACCAGCAGGAGGCAUGAUGCAACCAACAAUGCACGAUCCAUUUUUCGCCUCUAAUACAAUGGCUGCUCCACAUUCUGUUCAAAUGGCAGCUAUGUCCAACCAACAGCAAGCUUUCAUGUUUCAACAGCAGCAGCAGCAAAUGAUGAUGGCCCCUCAACAACCAUCUGCAAAUCCUUUCGGAAAUCCUUAUGGAUCCGCUGUUCACCCUUAUGGCUCAGGUAUGCCUGUUCAAUCAUACAAUCCAUAUACAGGCCUCAUUUAAACAUCUCUUGUGGAUAACAAAUCAUUGAUGAGAUCAAGGAGCAAAAAACUCGGAGCGAAUACUCCACCUUUGGUUCUAUGCGUGGGAGACGAGAAGAAUAGACAGAUUUGUAUCAUAGGUUCUGUGUGUGUGCUAUAGAUAGCUAGAGUGAAAUUCUUUUUGAAUAAAGUAGAAGAGGGAGGGUUUUGGCUAUAUAUGAUUUUUUAUGUACAAGGUAAUUGAUAAUCAGCUUUGAUUAAAACUACUUAGAAUUUCUUUUAUCCCUGGUUGGUUACUGUUAAUGCAUUAGCAGGAAAUUUGUUCUUGAUAAAUUUGACUGUAUUGUUCAGUUUCCAUUCCCUGUAUAUGGUGGGAAGUAUAUUCAUUAUGUGUUUGUCAGACCAACAUUUAUCCAAUGAAAAAAUAUGUCAAGUCUGAUAACUGAGUAAAUUUGGUGUAAGGAACAAUUUUUUAUUCA